AUGUAUAAACUACCUAGCCUUGUGAAAAUGGCGUACUACGCGUGCAACGACGUCGAACGUGACAAGUUUGACUUGCUGCACACACCGGACAUCGACAUGCGAAAUUGUUGCGAGUCGCUGUUAGAAUUAUUCAAAGUUGACAAAAUCCAAGACGAGCACAACGAUAGGCAGACAAUGUUCGAGCGGUCUCUGUUCGCCUUCGACGACGAGAUGUUUGAACACAUAUGCGAGAAGGCAGCGUUCAACGGGCACAUCGAUUGUCUGAAACUAGCACACGAGAUUGGCAUCCCUUGGGACACCUUGCCUGGAUUGGACGAUUUCAGAGGUAAGGCGUGUGAUCUGGCUGCGAAAUCAGGCAAUCUGGAAUGUCUAAGGUAUGCUUUUGAGAACGGGUGUCCAUUUGAUGAGGAUACAUGCAGCAACGCCGCGUUGAACGGUCAUCUGGAGUGCCUGAAAUAUGCACGGGAAAAUGGGUGUCCCUGGGACGAGGAUACGUGCAGCAACGCCGCGUUGAAUGGUCACCUGGAGUGCCUGCUGUACGCACGGGAAAACCAUUGCCCCUGGGACAAAUAUACGUGCAGCAACGCCGCGUUGAAUGGUCACCUGGACUGUCUGGUGUACGCACGGAAAAACAGGUGUCCUUGGGACCGGAAUACGUGCAGCUUCGCCGCGUUGAACGGUCACUUGGAGUGCCUGCUGUACGCACGGCAAAACGGGUGCCCCUGGGACAAAUAUACGUGCAGCAACGCCGCGUUGAACGGUCACCUGGACUGUCUGGUGUACGCACGGGAAAACAGGUGCCCUUGGGACCGGAAUACGUGCAGCUUCGCCGCGUUGAACGGUCACCUGGAGUGCUUGCUGUACGCACGGGAAAACAGGUGCCCUUGGGACCAGAAUACGUGCAGCUCCGCCGCGUUUAACGGUCACCUGCAGUGCCUAGCUUACGCCUUUGAUAAUGGCUGUCCCUUUGACGAGAUUACGUGCAGAAACGCCGCGUUGAACGGUCACCUGGAGUGCCUUGCUUACGCACGGGAAAACGGGUGCCAUUGGAACAAAAAGACAUGCAAAAGCGCCGCGUUGAACGGUCAUCUGGAGUGCCUAGCUUACGCCUUUGAGAACGGGUGUCCUUGGGACGAGGAUACGUGCAGCAACGCCGCGUGGAAUGGUCACCUGGAGUGCCUGAAAUAUGCACGGGAAAAUGGGUGUCCCUGGGACGAGGAUACGUGCAGGUGCCUGUGGAACUCGCUCACGUGCAACUUCGCAGCUUACGGUGAACAGUUUGACUAUCUGGUGUACACCUACGAGGGAGGGUGCGAGUGGGACGUUGAAGAUUUCUCGAAUGAUGCAAUGGACAGCCAUUCGAAAUGCGCUUAA